AUGAUGUCAGAUUUCAUGGCGAGAGUCGCCUCGCCUUACCGUGCGUACAGAGCGCUCGACGACGUGCCGACACGACCCGCAACCGACAGGCCGUUUGUGGGAGCGGGACUCCCGGCACAGGGGAUUGAUUCUGAUCAGCCACAAUCUUCGGCCCCGUUGGACAGAUCAUGCUCGCCAACCCCUUCCGAAAUCGAUGCUCUGGAGGAGUCGUUUUGCGAGCUUGACAUCGGGCCCAGUCAGGCCGAAUUGGACUCCUCCCAGAGCAGUGCCACCAUUGUACCUGGAAAUAUUUCUAGCGCACCGACCGUCGUUAUCUGGGAGGUGACCCGGGUCGCCCUGCACUGUGGUGUGGAUGUGGCCUCGCUUGACUUGCAAUACCACCCGCGUCUAGCGGAUUUGGAUACCUUGUGGCGCACGCUCAGAAAUCACCCUUCUUUCAAAGGCAAGAGUUUCCCGGAGAAAUCAGACCCGGUAGCUUGGCGCGGUGGACUCUACAACAACUUCGAGUGCGAGGGCGACGCUCUCGUGAUGCUGACGGCCACGAUGCACCUCUCGACGUCGAGGCAGGGGCCUGCGAUGCAGUUGGAGCUGCAUCCACUAAAGCUCGAGCAGGGCUCUCGACUACUUCGUCGGUUCGGCUCGGACAGAUUCCUAGAGGUCAGGAUCCCCUCCGUUGACACCUGGCUGGCCGGGAAGGAGGGAGCAGCGGCUUUGGUAGCUGACUGGCUUGCGAACGAGCCUCACCCAUUCAUGGACCGCCACUGGUCAGCUUUUUUUGUAAGAGAAAGGAGCGAGAAGUCUGAGAUCAAGGACUUGAAACACGGCCAAGCUCCCAGAGUCAUUUUCAACGAAAGGGUUCUGUUUUUUGCGGAGAGCGGACGAGACUUGCACGAUGCCAGCCAAACAGUGUCAAAUCUAUCAGAGACCACGAGCCCCCAAGCCCGCUCGGCUUGUUCGCGAGAAGCCAUGCUCGAUUGGCUCCUGAACUUUGACAAGAAUUGCGACCAGUCACAUCUCAAGCUUUUCUCUCGCAUUGCGCUUGGUUUGAGCCGAACGAGUCCUACAGUGGUGUUGGAAGAAUCGCAAAUACGUGAAAAGGCCGAGGACAUCCUUUCUGAAAAGUCCAAGGACACCCUUUCCCCGCUUGAUGAACUUGAAGUGAUGAAUGAUGGUGUUGCAAGGAUCUCGCCGAGUCUAAUGAGGAAAAUACGAGACGUUCUCGGCUUGCAAUCCAUCCCGUCCGCAAUCCAGGGCCGUUUGGGCAGUGCAAAGGGAAUGUGGAUGAUCGACACCACGGACCUGGGCCGUGAGGACUGGAUUGAGACGUACCCGAAACAAAGAAAAUGGAAUUGCUACAUGUCUGAAGAGGCUCACAGGACUUUGGAGACCCUCAACAAGCAAUUCCUGCCAAUAUUAGAGGAUAGAUCAAAGGAUGUCGCAGCGCUGCGGCAGACGUUUGUCGAUAAUCUAACCACGAGAUCGGAAGAGGAAACUUGCUAUCUGAAAGAAGCCCUCCAACACCCAGAGCUCUUCAGGAAAUGGAUUCGAGGACUCAACCCACGCGGUUCGUUCCGCAUUACGCCACAGGGGAUGCCCUUCCUAGCUGGCCUUCCCGAAAGCACCGAAGAUAUGAUGAGCUUCGUGGUUGAUGGGGGUUUCGAGCCUAUGAGACUCAAGUUCCUACAAGACAUGGUCUUCCAAGCGCAAAAGCGCAGGGGCGAUGACCUGAAGGACGAGCUUCAUAUCAAGAUACCAAAGUCGACGUACGCCUAUAUGCUUGUCGAUUUCCAAGGAGUCCUCGAGCCAGACGAAGUCCAUCUCUGCUUCUCUUCUAGAUUCGACGAUGGCACAGAUGAGCUGUCGGACCUUGACGGCAUGGGUGUCCUCGUCGGCCGAUGUCCGGCCCACCUCCCCAGCGACAUCCAAAAAGUGAGAGCAGUCUUCAAGCCCGAACUGCGGCAUAUCCGUGACGUGAUUGUCUUCUCGUCCAAGGGCAAUAUGCCCUUGGCUGCAAAGCUUUCGGGCGGUGACUACGACGGCGACAAGGCCUGGGUGUGCUGGCUUCCCGAGCUCGUGGAAAACUUUGAGAACUCGGAUGUGCCAGAAAAGCCGGAUUUCUCGCCGUAUAUAGAGAAAGACACCACCACCCUAGGGGACUUACGAAAGCUCUAUGGGGAGACUGGCUACGUUGACGCGAUGGUGGCGAAAGCAAUUUGGUUCAACCUCAUGCCCAAAUUCCUCGGCCCGUGCACCUCGUUCAAAGAGAAGCUGGCCUAUGACCUCAACAGCCUGAGCGACGAGCGUGUCAUCAAGCUGAGCUGGCUCCUGAGUGAGCUCGCGGACCAGCCGAAGCAGGGGAUCCUAUUCGGGCGGGACGAAUGGAGGCGCUUCCGAGAUGAUGUGGUGGGGAUGAAGCGACACUUGUCGACGCCGCGCUACAAAGCCAGCGACGGGUCGCGGUCCGUGGGCCCUGGUGCGCAGCACAUCAUUGACUUUCUCUCGUUCACGGCGAGAAGCAUUGUCGAUGCUUCACUGAAGGACCUGCACGAAUUCAUGGUGCGGAGCAACGCCGGCACGACCGACGAGGACAUCACGGGCUACUGGAACCGCUUUGCAGCGGUAUGCGAGCAGCAACACCCCGAGUGGUUUGCCGCCCUGCACCAGAACCUGAGGUGUGACCUGGAGGCAUGCCGAGGGGAAUGGAGCAAGCUGGUGAGGCUGGAUGACUACCGGGGGUCGGUGGGGCAGGUGUACCGGGCGUGGAUGGACAUCAAGCCACGGGUCCCAGCACAGGCAGCCGGAGGCCCGGGGGCGUCGUGGUUCCUGCUCCCCGACGGCGUCGUCCACCCGGAGCUCAGCCAGUGGGAGCUUGUCAAGGCGAGCCUCGCGUUCAAGCUCUACUCGGGCAAGGGCCGGUUCGUGUGGCAGGUGGCAGGGCGGCAGCUACAAGCCAUCAAAGCCCUCUCUACCAGGUCAGGUGGCCUUGGGAAUGCACCUGUCGUGGUCGUGCCGAACAUGUAUGCGGCGCUGAAGCCGGACAACACAUACAUCAAGCGGCUCAUGGCUUCUGAGGAGGAGGAGGAGGGGCAGGAGGGCAUGUGCAGCAGCGAAACGGAACGAGUACAGCGCAGGUAUGGAGGGGUCCCUUGCUCGUGGGCAGAAGAAUAA